UUUUGCUGGGAGCCGCAGGUUCAGUCCAAGAUUUGCCAAGCGUCCAUGCGUCACUUUCGCACCUUGUUGAAGCCCUCGCGGCCAUGGCUGGCCGCCGCCGUGGUCCCCGCGGCGUUGGGCGCCUCGUACUUGUCCCAGCAGGAGCCCAGCCGCUGCAAGGGCGCCAUUCCCACGUCCGAGUUCCUGUACCAACCUCUGUCCGAAGAUAAGGUCCCCAAGAGCAGCAUCGAGUUUGACACCAAGGCGCCACUUCCCAAGCGCAUGGAGGCGCUUAUCAUGCGCGUGCAGGACGAGAUCUGCGCGGGUAUUGAGGCCGUGGACGGCCAGAAGUUCCGUGAGGACAAAUGGGAGCGUGAGGGACACGGCGGAGGUGGUCGCAGUCGCAUCUUGCAGGACGGUAACGUCUUUGAGAAGGCUGGUGUGGGCGUAUCCAUCAUCCACGGCAAACUGCCGCCUGCUGCUGUGAAGCAGAUGACUGCUAGAGGCAAAGACCUGAAGGAAGGGGCCGAGUUGCCAUUUUACGCCUGUGGAGUGAGCCUCGUGAUGCACCCGCACAACCCCAUGGCUCCUACGAUCCACCUCAAUUACCGGUAUUUUGAAGUAGAAACCGGUUACCUCGACAAGGACGGUAAGCCCAAGAAGAUCGGCUGGUUCGGCGGUGGCGCCGACUUGACGCCCAGUUACCUCUUCGAAGAAGACGCUCGUCACUUCCACGCUGUGUACAAGACGCAGCUGGACAAGCGUGAUCCCGCCAUUUACCCUAAGUGGAAGAAGGCGUGUGAUGAGUAUUUCUAUAUCCCCCACCGCCAAGAAGGCCGCGGCAUUGGCGGUUUCUUCUUCGAUGACCUCACGGACACGUCCGAGGAGAACUUCCAGAUGAUCCGCGGCUGUGCCAACUCCAUGCUGGACGCCUAUUUGCCGAUCUUAAAGAAACGCAAGGACAUGCCGUUCACCAAGCAGCAGAAGGAGUGGCAGCAGAUGCGUCGUGGACGUUAUGUAGAGUUCAACAUCAUGUACGACCGCGGCACUAAAUUCGGACUACUGACUCCCGGUUCACGUGUGGAAUCGAUUCUCAUGUCGUUGCCGCUGACGGCUCGUUGGGAGUACAUGCACCAGCCUGCCGCUGGAUCUUGGGAGGAGAAGACCCUCAAGGUCCUCAAGAACCCUGUGGACUGGCUCAAUGUGCCUGCCGUCGACCUGGAGACCCUCUCAACGGGUGAGCUACUCAAGGAACUUGCGAGAAGGAGCGAGUAAGUUGGAUGUGUAGUGAGGAGCAACGCUAGCUGCAAUGCAUGUACGAAAACAAUCACGAAAAUGCAACCCCCAAAAUUCGGAAGUCUUACGAAAUUACUAUAUCCAAGUGCAUCGGGAACAGCAAAAUACAAAGCAAAACAUAAAAGCACACCAAAGUAAAGCCCCAUUCGGAUUAAUUCUCACCAGGCACCUUCUUGUUCCACUCGCCAGUCCUAGCCUUUUUCUUCUUCAGUCCGUCCUCAAGUACCUCCAAAGCCUUCUCCUCGUCAUCGACCAAUUCUGUAGUUUACACGAACAUCAAAAUAUCAUUAGUACACCAAGAAUUUAUCAACAAUACAAAACACAUGAACGUACC